GUCUUGCAAGAGAAGAAUCAGUGACUGAGAUGAUGACUGCCGAAACAGGAACUUACCGAUGGAUGGCACCAGAGUUGUACAGUACCGUAACAUUGCGCCAAGGAGAGAAAAAGCACUAUAACAACAAGGUUGAUGUGUAUAGCUUUGAGAUUGUUUUGUGGGAGCUACUAACAAAUCGCAUGCCUUUUGAAGGAAUGUCUAAUUUACAAGCUGCUUAUGCUGCUGCCUUCAAGGUAUUCAAUCCGAAAUUACCAAGUGUUUGUUUAUUCAUCAAUCAGGUUGGGCAGUGCUGCCCGGAGUUUAGGCACAAUGUCAGGUUUGAGCUGAGCUUGUCUUCUUAG